AUGCUUCCCGAAAACCGCUGGGUGAACGAGUUUGACGACAAGCUGCUGUACACUUGUCCCACAUUUGAAACUAUUUCUACAAUUUCCAGUCAGCAUCAUAGCUACUAUGAGGACCGCAUAUGGGAUUUCCAGUGCCAGUUGACGUUCACUGAGCUGCCCUCCUGCGUCUGGAGCAACUAUGUGAACGACUUUGAUGAGGAAUUCACCUUCACCUGCCCGUUUGACUCCGUCAUCAGUGGCAUGGAGGCAUACCACCUGAACAAGCACGAGGACCGGAGAUGGAAGUUUAACUGCUGCCGAGUGAAUAAGGUGUGUAACACGACGUGCUUCUGGACCAACUACGUCAACCUCUUUGACCAGUACUUCAGCUGGCAGCUCCCUGCAUCCACGUACCUCGUCGGUGUCUCCAGCUACCACGACAACCACCACGAGGACCGCCGGUGGAAGUACCAGUAUUGUGAGCAGCAGGCAUGCUGA